AAAGGGGCGUCGCCGCCGCCGCCAUCGCCAUGGCCGGUUGUUGUCAGUGCCUGGCAGCGGGUUAUGGCGACGGCGGUGAAUGAAUUCUCCGGGCGGCCGAGGGAAGAAGAAGGGCUCAGCCGGCUCCAGUUCCGCGCCUCCGACCGCCGGCUCCUCUCCCUCCUCGCCGCCCGGGCCGGCGCCCCCCGUGCCGCCGGCGGGGGCGGCGGCGGCGGCGUCCCCGCACAAGCGGAACCUGUACUACUUCUCGUACCCGCUCUUCGCCGCCUUCGCCCUGCUCCGCUUCGUCGCCUUCCAGCUCGGGCUGCUCUUCGCCUGGCUCUGCGAGCGCCUCUCCCGCGGCGCCCUCAUGGCCGCCAAGGGCAGCAGGGCCGGGGCCAGCGACGCGCCCGAGCCCGGCGGGGCGCCCGAGACGGUGCGGGCGUGUCACAAGCGGGCCUUCGAGUGCAUCUCCAUGGCUCUGCGCAUCGACGAGGACGAGACAGGACAAAAGGAACAAGCUGUUGAAUGGUAUAAGAAAGGAAUUGAAGAACUGGAAAAAGGAAUAGCUGUCUUAGUAAUUGGUCAAGGUGAUCAGUGUGAACGGGCUCGACGUCUCCAAUCUAAAAUGAUGACAAAUUUGGCAAUGGCCAAGGAUCGGUUGCAGCUUUUAGAGAAGCUGCAGGCAGUUUUGCAAAUUUCCAAGCCGCAAAUGGAGGUCUAUAAUGACAGUACUAACCUGGCAUGCCGCAAUGGACAUCUCCAGUCAGAAAGUGGAGCAGUUCCAAAAAAGAAGGACCCCUUAACACACACGAGUAAUUCCCUUCCUCGUUCAAAGACUGUUGCAAAAACCGGAUCCACAGGCCUUUCAGGUCACCACAGAACGCCCAGCUACAGUGGGGUAUCAUCAUCUGUGUCUAGACCAGCACCUAAUGCCACACCUUCAGCUCACAAGGCUGCUCCUAAAAAUAGCAGAACAAAUAAACCUUCUACUCCAACCACUGCUCCUCGAAAAAAGAAAGACACAAAGAUAUUUAGAAAUGUGGACAGCAAUCUUGCUAAUCUUAUCCUAAAUGAAGUUGUUGAUAGUGGGCCAGCUGUGAAGUUUGAUGAUAUCGCAGGACAGGAGCUGGCUAAACAAGCUUUGCAAGAGAUUGUUAUCCUUCCUUCUCUUAGACCUGAGUUAUUUACAGGUCUGAGAGCUCCCGCACGUGGUUUAUUGCUGUUUGGCCCACCAGGAAAUGGAAAGACAAUGUUGGCCAAAGCAGUCGCUGCAGAAUCAAAUGCUACUUUCUUUAACAUCAGUGCAGCGAGCCUGACUUCAAAAUAUGUUGGUGAAGGAGAGAAACUGGUGCGUGCUCUAUUUGCAGUAGCCAGAGAACUUCAACCUUCUAUAAUUUUUAUUGAUGAAGUUGAUAGCCUUUUGUGUGAAAGACGAGAAGGUGAACAUGAUGCUAGCAGGCGUCUAAAAACAGAAUUUUUAAUUGAAUUUGAUGGUGUGCAGUCUUCUGGAGAGGACAGAAUACUUGUGAUGGGAGCAACCAACAGGCCUCAGGAGCUUGAUGAUGCUGUUCUCAGACGAUUCACCAAACGGGUGUAUGUGUCUUUACCAAACGAGGAAACGAGAUUGAUUUUGCUGAAAAAUCUUCUAAGCAAGCAAGGCAGUCCAUUAACUCAAAAAGAGUUGGCUCAACUAGCUAGAAUGACAGAUGGAUACUCUGGAAGUGACCUAACUGCAUUAGCGAAGGAUGCAGCCCUAGGCCCCAUUCGAGAAUUAAAACCAGAACAGGUGAAGAACAUGUCUGCCAGUGAGAUGAGAAACAUCAAACUGUCAGAUUUCACAGAAUCUUUGAAGAAGAUCAAGCGCAGUUUGAGCCCUCAGACCCUGGAAGCGUACAUUCGCUGGAACAAGGACUUUGGAGAUACCACAGUGUGAGACACUACUUGAACUGAAGCAGUGCUGCCUGGGGAGCAGUUGGUGCAGACAACUGGGAAGCAGCCAGAGUUUACAGGACUUUACAGAUAUUUAAAUAUCUGCAUUAAAACUUGAGAUUAAGAGAGAACUAUACAGUGUGAGAAGUGUUCAUCCAAACCUCCUUGCCAUUUAGUGAUGAUUUACAUACUGUAAGUGAGAGCACAACAGGACUUGAGAUAAGAUUCCUAGCAAUCCGAUUCUGGUUUGAACAUUAAUAUAUGUAUAUUGUUUCUGCUACAAGGCCCUGAUGAUAUUGAUCAUUGGAGGACCUUUCCCUAUGUUGUGUGUGUGUGUUUUUGUUUUUAGUUUUGCCAUGACAUUGAUGAACAAUGAAUUUGGAACAAUGAUGUUCACUUGGAGGUUUGUAAACUUCAGUUCAUUUCUUUGACUUUUUUAUCCUUAAUGUGCCAAAUAAAACAAUUUCCCUGUGCAAAGUGGAAGAACAGCAUUGGGGAAUUAAGAUUAUUAAAAUGUUAAAAGUAGCUGGUCUGUUAUUAUUUGUCUUUUUGUUUUGUUGUAAUUUGACUGAAUGGUUCACAGAACAGGAUUAAAGACCACCUUUGAUAGCAGAACAGCAAAAAAACCCAACCUUGUAAAGCCAAUUAAAACUGCCUUUUAAAAGCAAAGUUACUAAAUAAAAGAAUAGACUGAGAUAUUCAUUUACUGGCAGUAUUUUCUCUUAAUGCAUUUUGUAAUGCUUUCAUUGGUAGAAUGUUAGCUUAUGCUUACAGUGUACAACUUGAGCCCAGCUGAUGUUUAAGAGAGUAAGUGAUGCUUAUUGUUGAGUCUCAGAAAUGACGUGUUUCUACUCUGUAUUUUGGUCUGUUUAUGAUAAUUGAAAGUAAAAUUUCCAUUGUGAUAAUUUUUUUAAUCUCCACAUGUAAGCAUUAAAAUACAAGGCUACAUGUUUAAUACAUGGCACACAUUAAUGUUUUUAUAGCUUUCAUAUGUUUUGGUUUAUAUAUUAAAGUAUGAAACACUCAACUGAUCUGCUUUUUUAAAAAGAAACUGCAUCUUUGUACAAAUACUUGUUUUUAUUAUAUAAAUGACAAGCUAUUAAAAAAAAUCUCUUAAAUGAUAGCCUUUAAAUACCAUAAUAAAGGAAAGCAUUUUUGCCUUUA